AGAGUGUCAGAAAGCCAGAGGAGGGAGGAGUUGAGAAAGAGAGACAGAGAGAGUAAAGAAGAGUGCCAGAAAGCCUGAGGAGGGAGCGGAUACAGAGAAUGAGGGAGGGGUAUUGGAGGAGGAGGAGGAGGAGGAGUUAGUGUGUGAACGAUGAAGGGAUAGCCUUGAUGAAAUCAGCAUCUUGUUCAUUGGUCGGACUUUCCCAAGACUGCAUGGUGGUCUGCACGUCUCACAUACUCCCUGUCGGACACACGCACGGCUGUAGCCGGGACUAACGAUAAACACCACGGGUAGAUGAAGAAGCAGAGAAGAUGACGCUGUUUGGGCUGGACUGUGCCAAGAAGAAAGAGAGAGAGUUGGAGAGGAAACUGAGGGCAAACGACAGAGAGCAUAACCUCUCCUUCAGAUAUGCGACCAAUGCCAUUAAGACGUCUAAAUACAACGCGUUCACCUUCCUGCCCCUCAACCUCUUCGAACAGUUCCAGAGAAUAGCCAACGCUUACUUCCUCAUUCUGCUGCUACUCCAAGUGAUUCCUGCCAUCUCCUCUCUGUCCUGGUUCACGACCGUAGUCCCUCUGGUACUGGUGCUGUCUGUGACUGCUGCUAAAGAUGCUACCGAUGACAUAAAUCGACACAGGAGUGACAACCAGGUGAACAACAGGAAGGUCACAGUGCUCAUGGAUGGAGAACUACGGAGUGAAAAAUGGAUGGCCGUUCAGGUGGGCGACAUCAUCAAACUGGAAAACAACCAGUUUGUUACGGCAGACCUGUUGCUGCUCUCUAGUAGUGAACCUCUCAACCUGGUCUACAUAGAGACUGCUGAACUGGACGGAGAGACCAAUCUAAAGGUGAAGCAGGCUCUGACAGUAACAGGAGACAUGGGAGACAACAUCCAGAGCCUGGCUGCCUUCAAUGGGGAGGUGCGCUGUGAGCCCCCCAACAACCGGCUGGACCGUUUCACAGGAACGUUGACUAACGCUGGUCAGAAAUAUUCACUGGACAACAACAAGAUCCUGCUGAGGGGCUGCACCCUCAGGAACACAGAGUGGUGCUUCGGACUGGUGCUGUUCGGAGGUCCAGAGACUAAGCUGAUGCAGAACUGUGGGAAGACGACGUUCAAGAGGACCAGCAUCGACCGCCUGAUGAACGAGCUCGUCCUCUGUAUCUUUGGCUUCCUGGCAUUCAUGUGCACGAUCCUGGCCAUCGGCAACCGGAUCUGGGAGCAACGCUGGGGGUCAGAGUUCACGGCCUUCCUGCCCAGACAGGACGGUGUCGACACUCCCUUCUCCUCCUUCCUCACCUUCUGGUCCUACGUUAUCAUCCUCAACACCGUCGUACCCAUCUCCCUCUAUGUCAGUGUGGAGGUCAUCCGUCUGGGCAACAGUUUCUACAUCGACUGGGACAGGAAGAUGUACCAUGCCCGUAGUGACACCCCGGCCAAGGCCCGGACCACCACGCUGAACGAGGAGCUGGGUCAGAUCAAAUACGUCUUCUCUGACAAGACCGGAACACUCACUCAGAACAUCAUGAUCUUCAACAAGUGUUCUAUCAACGGGAAGUGCUACGGAGAUGUAUUUGACUACACUGGCCAGAGAUUGGAGAUCAACGAGCACACGGAGACAGUGGACUGGUCCUUCAACCCUCUUGCUGACCAUCAAUUCUCCUUCCAUGACCACUCCCUGGUGGAGGCUGUGAAGCUGGAGAAUGUGGAGGUCCACUCCUUCUUCAGAACACUGGCCCUCUGUCACACUGUUAUGGCUGAGGAGAAGACAGAGGGUGAGUUGCUGUACCAGGCCCAGUCACCUGACGAAGGUGCUUUGGUAACCGCAGCGCGCAACUUUGGCUUCGUGUUCCGCUCGCGCACGCCAGAGAGCGUCACUAUCGUAGAGAUGGGAAAACAACGCAGCUACGAGCUACUCGCCAUCCUCGACUUCAACAAUGUCCGCAAGAGGAUGUCCGUCAUCGUGCGGAGUCCAGAGGGGAAGCUGUGUCUGUAUUGUAAAGGAGCAGACACUAUGGUCUAUGAGAGGCUGCACCAGUCCUGUACCAAGCUGAUGGACGUCACCACUGAACACCUCAACGAGUAUGCUGGUGAGGGCCUGCGGACCUUGGCUUUGGCCUAUAAGGACUUGGAUGAGGAGUAUUUUAGCAGGUGGAAACAGUGCCACCAUGAGGCCAGCACAGCCCUGGAGGACCGAGAGGACAAGCUAGACCUGCUCUAUGAGGAGAUAGAGAAAGACCUGGUGUUGCUUGGAGCUACAGCCAUAGAGGAUAAGCUCCAGGAUGGUGUGCCACAGACCAUCGAGCAGCUCGCCAAAGCUGACAUCAAGAUCUGGGUGCUCACCGGCGACAAACAGGAGACGGCGGAGAACAUUGGCUACUCGUGCAACAUGCUGCGUGAGGAGAUGAACGACAUCUUCAUCGUGUCGGCCAACAACCCAGAUGAUGUCAGACAGGAACUGAGGAAUGUAUUGAGCACCAUGAAACCAGGUGCAGAGGAGGAGGCCAUCUUCAUGCCAGAGAGGACUCUGGGCAACAAGCCGAAGGUGGUCAGGGACGAGGAGGUGAACGGGGAGUACGGGCUGGUCAUCAAUGGACACAGUCUGGCCUAUGCCCUGGAGCGUAGCAUGGAGCUGUUGUUCCUGCGUACAGCCUGUCUGUGUAAGACAGUGAUCUGCUGUAGAGUGACUCCAUUACAGAAAGCCCAGGUGGUUGAGCUGGUCAAGAAAUACAAACAGGCUGUCACUCUGGCCAUAGGAGAUGGGGCCAAUGAUGUCAGCAUGAUUAAAGCUGCUCAUAUAGGUGUAGGUAUAAGUGGUCAGGAGGGGAUGCAGGCAGUUCUGUCCUCAGACUACUCCUUCGCUCAGUUCCGCUUCCUAGAGCGCCUCCUCCUGGUCCACGGCCGCUGGUCCUACCUGAGGAUGUGUAAGUUUCUGCGCUACUUCUUCUACAAGAACUUCACCUUUACCUUCGUCCACUUCUGGUACGCCUUCUUCUGCGGCUUCUCAGCACAGACGGUGUAUGAUGAGUGGUUCAUCACUCUGUAUAACCUGGUCUACACAGCACUUCCUGUACUAGGCAUGAGUCUGUUUGACCAGGAUGUGAAUGACAUAUGGAGUUUUCAGCACCCCAACCUGUACGUUCCAGGCCAGCUGAAUCAGUACUUCAGUAAGACAGCCUUCUUUAAGUGUGCCCUCCACAGUGUCUACAGCUCUGUAGUGCUGUUCUUCAUCCCCUAUGCUGCCAUGUAUGACACGGUCCGAGACGACGGGCGAGACAUUGCUGACUACCAGUCCUUCGCCCUGCUGGCCCAGACCUGUCUGGUCAUCACCGUCUGCAUACAGCUGUGUCUGGACAUGUCCUACUGGACAGCGGUGAACCAGUUCUUUGUGUGGGGGAGUCUGGCCAUGUACUUUGUUGUCACCUUCAGCAUGUACAGUAACGGCACGCAUAUCAACUUCCCUGCAUCCUUCCCCUUCAUCGGCACAGCCAGGAACUCCCUGAACCAGCCCAACGUGUGGCUGACCAUCCUGCUCACCUCCAUCCUCUGUGUACUUCCUGUGGUCGCCUACCGCUUCCUGUUGAUACAGCUCCGCCCCACCAUCAACGACAAGGUGAUGUUCAAGGUGAGACAGGCCAAGGCCACUCCCCCUCUCCCAGCACGACGAGCCAGGAUGCGCCGUACCAGCUCCCGCCGCUCCGGAUACGCCUUCUCGCACGCGCAGGGCUACGGGGACCUGGUGACGUCCAACCAUUUCCUGCGCCGUCCUGCCAUCACGCGCUCCACCGCUUUCACCCCUCUGGGGCGCACCAUGGGGUUCAGCCCCAUGGGCCGCUCGGCAGGAUACAGCCCUACUGGGAACGCUCUGAACUCCAGACCACAGGACGUGGAGGUGACAUCACUACAGAUGUACCGGAUGGUGCGAGACUCCGCCUUCUGAAGUACUGUACAGUGCGAGACCCCGCCUUCUGAAGAAGUGCACAGUGUGAGACCCCUCCUUCUGAGGGAAGAUAGGAAGAGGAUGUGGAGGAGUUGUUGUUUACAGAGGACCAAAUCAGGGGGUGUGAUAUGUAAAAAAUAUAUAUCCUAAACAUUGACACAUACUGACUGUACACACAAAUCUCUAUGACGACUGACUUGCCGAAGCAUUCCAAAGACAGACCCUCGUGUCUGGUUGGUCACACUCUUUUUUUUUCUUCCCCCGCUUCAUUGCCUCUCCUCUUCCGAUCAUUGGCCUUGUGUCCCAUCAGGGCUGUUGUCAUGGGAAACAAACCUUCCUGUUUCAAUCAUUGGCCUUGUGUCCCAUCAGGGCUGUUGUCAUGGGAAACAAACCUCUCCUCUUCCGAUCAUUGGCCUUGUGUCCCAUCAGGACUGUUGUCAUGGGGAAACGAACCUCUCCUGUUCCAAUCAUUGGCCUUGUGUCCCAUCAGGGCUGUUGUCAUGGGGAAACAUACCUCUACAGGUCAACUGUAUGCUAUAUUGUCUGUCAACUGAGGAUAAACUAUUACACUAUACUACACUAUGACUCAGUACUCAGUGCUGUAACACCAUAGGAUUGUAUACUACAGUAUGACUCAGUACCCAGUGCUGUGACACCAUACGAUUGUAUACUACAGUAUGACUCAGUACCCAGUGCCGUGACACCAUAGGAUUGUAUACUACAGUAUGACUCAGUACCCAGUGCCGUGACACCAUAGGAUUGUAUACUACAGUAUGACUCUGUACCCAGUGCUGUGACACCAUAGGAUUGUAUACUACAGUAUGACUCUGUACCCAGUGCCGUGACACCAUAGGAUUGUAUACUACAGUAUGACUCUGUACUCAGUGCUGUGACACCAUAGGAACAUUAAGACAUUAAAAUAUUAAGAACACCUUACAAAUAUUGAGUCGCACCCCCCCACCACUUUUUGCCCUUUCAGAACAGCCUCAAUUAGUCGGGGUAUGAACUCUACAAGGUAUCGAAAGCGUUCCACAGGAAUGCUGGUCCAUGUUGACUCCAAUGCUUCCCACAGUUGUGUCAAGUUGGCUGGAUGUCCUUUGGGUGGUGGACCAUUCUUGAUACACAUGGGAAACUGUUGAGCGUGAAAAACCCAGCAGCGUUGCAGUUCUUGACACAAACAGAUGCACCUGGCACAUACUACCAUAACCUGUUCAAAGGCACUUAAAUAUUUUGUCUUGCCCAAUCACCCUUUGAAUGGCACACAUACACAAUCCUUCUCAAUUGUCUCAAGGCUUAAAAAUCCUUUAACCUGUCUCUUCCCCUUCAUCAACAACGAUUGAAGUGGAUUUAACAAGUGACAUCAAUAAGAGAUCAUAGCUUUCACUUGGAUUCACCUGGUCAGUCUGUGUCAUGGAAACAGAAGCUGUUCUUAAUGUUUUUUGUCCACUCAGUGUAUACUACAGUAUGACUUUGUACUGUGACGCCAUAGGAACGCACUAAACCAAAGGCCAGACCAAACCUCUCAGAGUCGUGGGCUUUAUGCCUUGUUCUAUCCUCACCAGCAACAAGCCCUCUCCUCUCCCACUGUGAUAAUACCAGUAUACAAUCACACAGGUGUAGAGAUGUACUGUACACUCCAACACUAACCAUGGAGGCAGUUGGUAGGAUUUAUACCUUUCCUGUCUCUGGUCCACACUCCAUUCCAGUUGGUGGCGGUAAUGCACCUUAAUGUUGGUUGCCAACCGUCAUAUAAAAUCCACAAGGAGAAGGAUUGUGGGAGUUAAGAUGGAGGCUAUCACCAGCAAAAUCCUGAUUGUAUGAAUGUGUUUUUGCCCUUUAAACCAAGCAAUGUAUUAUUUUUUUUAUAUACACUUUUUGCUGAAAAACAAACUAUGGACUUGAUCCAGUGAUGUUAGACAUUUGUUUUUUUAUAGAGGAGAUAGAAGAUCUAUCUUCUGUUCAGUGUUGUUCAUCCAAGGGCUGAAUAAGUUAUCAUCCUGAAUGCGAUAGUAACAUGGUUAGCAUGCUAGCUGUUAGCCUGUGGAGCGGCUGUACUUGAUGUCGGUCCGGUCGGUGCUAUAGUAAAGUGUUACCCCAGUGGGCAUACACUCAGUAAAGUGUUACCCCAGUGGGCAUACACUGGUUGAAUCACCGUUGUUUCAAUGUCGCUUUGUCAACAUAUUGUGACGUGGAAUCUACGUAGAAAACACAUUUGGAUUUGGAAUAUGUCCCCAACUAGUACUGUUUUCAUCUCAUUUCAACCAUUGAAAUUAGGACAACUUAAAUACAAUGACUUAACCUGACUAACAGGUUGUUUCAUCAAUCUAAUAAUCAUCAUCACUUUAUAUUUAGAAAUAGCGUAAAACAUUUCACGUAGAUAUGUAAAACAUUUCUUAUCCUAAAGACUAUAUAUUGGGUGGUUGAAAUUGUUUAAUUUCAUAUUUGAUUAGACAUAUUCGACCUUGUUUCAAUGUUGAUAGUUAAAUGGUAUAUUUCAAUCAAUAUCAUUGUUUUAAUGCCAUGCCAUCAACCUAAAUAAAGCAGUAUAUUGAAAUAAAAAGGGAA